GUUCACAGUUUACAGCAACUGCUGUGGAACUUAACAAUACUUCCCAUUUUAAGCGCAUCCAUUUCGAGAAGGAUCCUCUCCAACCAUAUUUAUCGGGACUCUGAUGGAUCGUGACCAGAGCAUAGUGUGGAAAAGUAGUCAGGAGACCUGUCACACUGGUUGAAUCAAUGUUGUUCACACUCAUUUCAAUGAAAUCAAAUGACGUUGAACCAACGUGGAAUAUAUACGUUUAAUUGACGUCUGUGCAGAGUGGGUCGUGAUUCAAGUUCCAGGGGCAGGCUGGCUGGCGGAGGGAUCUGGCACGCAGGCACAGCGGCUCCAGCCUGGCUGACGCCGGGGUUGUGGCGCUCCGCUCGGCUCGUGGAGGCUCAAGGGCUCCUAGCAAACACGCUCCCCACCUUGCUCUCUCCGCGCCACGCUCAACUGGGCAGCCAGACAUCACACGCAGGAACACAGGGACAGGAAUCGCCCCCGUCUUUCACAACAGUGAAGCGCUGUCGUGAAUGGACAUCACACAGCAGAGAUGACUGAAACCUGACCUGCAUGAGGAAUAACAUUCACUUCUGGAGGCUACCAUUCUGACCAGACCGUAUUUCUGCUAAGAGAGAGAGAGAGAGAGGGAGAAAGAGACAGAGAAAAAAAAGAUAUUUGGGAUUAUUCCAACAUUCCCACCUCCGUUCCAGACCUUCCUCCUGCUACCAGGACUCCUGGUCUCUUCAGGAAGCACCAACGGAACUAAUGAACCCCAGCUUCUGUUUACAUAGACUCCUCACACUCCUCUUUGAGCUCCAUCCCUGAUCUCCUUUACCCGUCUGGGUAACAAUCCAUCCAUCACACUCCUCUUCUAUCCCCCUGUCCCCCCCCCCUUCUCUCACCUCCUCUCAUCACAUUCCCUCCCUCUUUCACCCGACGUGGUGUUUCUCAUCCCUCCCUCCAUCCAUCUCUACAUAGCACCAUCCAUCCCUCAUGCAUUCUUCCACCUCCAUCACGUCCCUCUUCUCCUUCACCAGCCCUGCAGUGAAGAGGCUUCUGGGAUGGAAACAGGGGGAUGAGGAGGAGAAGUGGGCGGAGAAGGCUGUGGACUCCCUGGUCAAGAAACUAAAGAAGAAGAAGGGAGCGAUGGAGGAUCUGGAGAAGGCCCUCAGCUGCCCCGGACAGCCCAGUAAGUGUGUGACCAUCCCUCGGUCUCUGGACGGUCGUCUCCAGGUGUCUCACAGGAAGGGCCUUCCCCACGUCAUCUACUGCAGAGUGUGGAGGUGGCCCGACCUACAGUCUCAUCACGAACUCAAGGCCUUGGAGUGCUGCGAAUUCGCCUUCGGAUCCAAACAGAAAGACAUCUGUAUCAACCCUUACCACUACAGACGGGUAGAGACACCAGUGCUUCCCCCAGUGUUGGUCCCCCGCCACAGUGAGUUUAACCCCCAGCACAGUCUACUGGCUAAAUUCCGGAACGCCUCGCUCCACAACGAGCCCCUGAUGCCCCAGAACGCUACAUACCCGGACUCCUUCCCUCCUCUCCCCUGCGCCUCCUUUUCCUCCCCCUCCUCAUCCUCUCUCACCCAGUCCCCCACCUCUGCCAGCUACCCCAACUCUCCCAGCAGCGCAGCCGAACCUACCAGCCACUACCACAUCACAGCAGAGACCCCACCUCCCCCCUAUAGCAUGAUGGAGGCGGUCCCAACUGAGGAUGUCAAGCCUGGAGACUCCUCCAACACACACAAGCUCACCUUCUCAGCUCCGCACAUAGACCUGCGGCCUGUGUGUUAUGAGGAACCAGAGUACUGGUGUUCAGUGGCGUACUACGAGCUGAAUAAUCGUGUUGGAGAGACGUUCCACGCCUCGUCCCGUAGCGUCCUGGUGGACGGCUUCACCGACCCCUCCAACAACAAGAACCGCUUCUGUCUCGGCCUGCUGUCAAACGUUAACCGCAACUCAACCAUCGAACACACACGCAGGCACAUAGGAAAAGGUGUCCAUCUCUACUACGUGGGUGGUGAGGUCUAUGCAGAGUGCCUGAGUGACAGCAGUAUCUUCGUCCAGAGUCGUAACUGUAACUACCAGCAUGGUUUCCAUGCCACCACCGUGUGUAAGAUUCCCAGCGGCUGUAGUCUGAAGAUCUUCAACAACCAGCUGUUCGCUGAGCUCCUCUCUCAGUCCGUUAACCACGGCUUCGAGGUGGUCUACGAACUCACCAAGAUGUGUACUAUACGCAUGAGCUUCGUCAAGGGCUGGGGUGCAGAGUACCACCGUCAGGAUGUCACCAGCACCCCCUGCUGGAUAGAGGUGCACCUGCACGGCCCUCUGCAGUGGCUCGACAAAGUCCUCACACAGAUGGGCUCUCCCCAUAACCCCAUCUCCUCCGUGUCCUAACACACACACAUACACACACACACAGAUGUGGUCUGUCCUAAAACACACACACACACACACAUAUCCUCUGUAUCGUGACACACACACACACACACACACACACACACACCGUAAUGGAUCUAUGCUUAUCUCGACUGAUGCUAUUGAAAUAGCAGCCUUUUCUUCCUGACAGGAAUCAACCAUCAUUUAACAUUACGAUGGUAUUUCAGUUGAUGACAAUCAAUCAAUCAAUCAUACAUGCAUAAGUUACUGUAGCUUUCAGUUAGUCGAUGUAGAAUGUGUCAGUGAUGCAGAUACAUAUUGUUUUAGCUACUCUGCUGUUUAGUUGUACUGAUACUGUAAGAGCCAGUUUCAGCACUGUCCAACGACAACCGACAUCGGAAUAUCCGUUUCAUAGUUUUUUGUUUAGGUGAUGUCGGAGGCGUAACUGUGAUGGGAGCUGUCGUAAAUCGGUGAGCGGCUGCUCUUGUCUUCAUUCUAACAAAAUAACACAUCUUUAAAUCCCACCUGCGUUAGAAGUUCAGAACCAGAAAGCGUAGGCUAUAGUUGAAAUAAUGUCACUCAAAUUAAACAAUUAUAAGGAUUUUAUAUCGGCCAAAUCGAGGUGUAGAUUACAACACACGAUCCAGUGUUCUAACUUGUAACACAGCUACAUGAGGUCAUUACUAAUGCAACUAGACGCAUCCAAUGGCCGCAUCCAAUCCUGCACAGGUAUAACACCAGGAGCUGUUUGCUGAUUUGACAGCUCCAACGCGGUACACCUCUCCCACAACGUCCUAAACAAAAAAACAAUGAUGCUGCUGAGCAGUUGUGGGUUCAGGCAGAAUUGAUUUAAUCUAGCCCUUCAGUGUCAUUAGACUAUGGUUUCAACUAUCAUUCAAUCACCUUUUUGUUUACUGUAAGCUACAGAUACUGUAUUCAAUCACACAUAGCUCUGUUUAAAUAACCCUUUAACUCACUCAAAGACAGUGGUGUGUGUCCCCUAUGGCACCCUAUUCCCUAUAUAGUGCACUACUUUAGACCAGAGCCCUAUUUCCUAUAUAGUGCACUACAUUAGACCAGAGCCCUAUGGCACCCUAUUCCCUAUAUAGUGCACUACAUUAGACCAGAGCCCUAUGGCACCCUAUUCCCUAAAUAUAGUGCACUACAUUAGACCAGAGUCCUAUGGCACCCUAUUCCCUAUAUAUGGUGCACUACAUUAGACCAGAGCCCUAUGGCACCCUAUUCCCUAUAUAGUGCACUACAUUAGACCAGAGCCCUAUGGCACCCUAUUCCCUAUAUAUAGUGCACUACAUUAGACCAGAGCCCUAUGGCACCCUAUUCCCUAUAUAGUGCACUACAUUAGACCAGAGCCCUAUGCACCCUAUUCCCUAUAUAGUGCACUACAUUAGACCAGAGCCCUAUGCACCCUAUUCCCUAUAUAGUGCAGUAGGGUACCAUUUGAGAUCAAAGGAAACAUUACAGUAGUUACUAAUGGAGACUUAUAUGUCAGUGUAUAAAAUGGUGUUUGUGGUGUUUUGCGUGUUGGAAACAUAAACAUGUAUUUACUGUUG